AUGGCAGCAGCUGAAUAUUUCUCGAACGUGCCAAUGGCUCAUCCUAGCCCCUCUCCAUAUACGCAGGGUGGACCUAUGUCACACCCUCAAUCAAGUCCGCAAGUGCCUCAGGUACAGAUGCAACAGCCACCACCACCACCACCUUACCAGGAACAUCAGGAGCACAAGCCUGGUGUUCACUUCGCUCCUACACCCGUCGACCUUCCUCAGAGACAUUCUUUCUCUGGUCCCAGGCCAUCGCAACCAUGGAACCAGCAAUCUUAUCAGAAUCCUUAUCAGCAGCAACUAAUUCGACCACAAAACGGGUAUGGUACACCUCCGAACAACGCAUAUGAUCAACCUAGACCUCAGUAUCUCAGCCCACACAUGCAGCCGUACGCACAUCCCAAUCCCUCUCGAUACUCGAUAGACAAUGGGGGAUAUUCGUCCGAUCCCGAACAACGUAGGAGGCGGCACGAGCACAGAACACGACGUGACAGUGGCGAAAGCCGUGACCUCAAGUCAAGCAAGCACAAAUCCAGGUCCGCCAACGCGGACGCCUUCUUGGGCGCAGCUGGAGGUGGCCUGAUUGGCGACCUCAUCUUUCCUGGUCUGGGUACAAUUGGUGGUGCAGCAAUUGGCUGGCUCGGCGGCAAAGAUUACGCACACCACAGGAAAGGAAGAGAAGACAAGAGAGCAGGCGAACAGAGGCGGUGGGAGGAGAAAUACGGGCCUGAACAUCAUCGUAGGAGCAGAAGUCGAGAGCGAAGCAGUGGCAGGAGCUCACAAUUAGGCGAGAAAGAUGGUUACGACAGACACAGCCGACAUUAA